CCGGAGGCUGAGCGGCGGCGGCGGCGGCAGUGAGAGCUGCACCAGAGCGGCUGAGAGCAGACAGACAGACACACAGAGAGAGACACACAGAGAGAGAGACAGACAGGAGUCUCCGGCUUCACGCACACCGGGAUUUAUUCACGCAGAGAUUCCGGAGCAUCAGUCGGAUCCCGCACCGUGUGAACCGGCACCGUCAGCAGGGAGCCGACCUCCAACAGUGGAUCUGACUGGAUGAACCCGUCUGUUCGCCCGUCCGUCCGUCCCUGCAGCAGCCAGAGGAAGGAUCUGAUGAGAGGUCUGCAGAGAGAGGAGAGAAGAGACGACCUGCUAUGGCCAGCGCAGCUGACGGUGUAGGCAGUCUGGGAGCUGAGCAGAACCACCUGAGCCUCCCUGUCACUGAUCAUGGAGCCUGGGCCACGGCCAUGAACAACCUGGGCAUCAUGCCAGUGGGCAUCAGUGGGCAGCAGCUGGUUUCAGACUCUCUGUGCAUCCAGAGGUUCGACCCCGGGCUGGGCCUCAUCGCACCCAUAAACCCCAUGAUGGCGGGCAUCAGCCUGGUCCCUCCACCACCCGUCCCCCCCGACAUGCCGGUCAUCAAGGAGAUUAUCCACUGCAAGAGCUGCACCCUGUUCCCCCAGAACCCCAAUCUGCCCCCGCCUUCGACGCGGGAGCGCCCACCCGGCUGUAAGACGGUGUUUGUUGGAGGUUUGCCGGAGAACGCCACCGAGGAAAUCAUCAGGGAAGUGUUUGACCAGUGCGGGGAGAUCAUCGCCAUCCGCAAGAGCAAGAAGAACUUCUGCCACAUCCGCUUCAGCGAGGAGUUCAUGGUGGACAAGGCUAUUUACCUGUCAGGAUAUCGGAUGCGUAUCGGAUCCAGCACUGAUAAAAAGGACUCGGGGAGGAUCCACGUGGACUUCGCCCAGGCCAGAGACGACCUGUACGAAUGGGAGUGUAAACAGCGUUUACUGGCCAGAGAGGAAAGACACCGCCGCAAGGUCCACGAAGACCGCCUGCGGCCACCGUCUCCUCCGCCCAUCGUGCACUACUCUGAACACGAGGCGGCGCUGUUAGCGGAGAGACUGAAAGAUGACCACAAUUUCAGCGAGGCCACGGCGGUGCUGUUCACCUGGAUCGACCGCGGCGAGGUCAACCGCCGCACCGCCAAUCACUUCUACUCCAUGAUCCAGUCAGCCAACAGCCACGUUCGGCGGCUGAUGGGUGAGAAAGCUCAGCACGACGAGGAGCUGGAGCGCGCCAAGGAACUGUUCAAGAACGCCCUGAUGGCCAUUUUGACGCAGUUCGAGCAGAUCACCACCGUUUUCACCGCCGCCACCAGGCAAAAGGCAUGGGACCAUUUCUCAAAAGCACAGCGCAAGAACAUAGACAUUUGGCGCAAGCAGUGUGAGGAGCUGAGGAACGCCCACAGCGAGGAGAUCAUGGGCAUCCGGCGGGAGGAGGAGAUGGAGAUGUCUGACGACGACUCGGAUGAGAGUCCCUGUAAGAGGAUGCGGAGCUCAGAGAACGGAGCGUACGAUCAGACCCAGGCGUCUCUGAAGGAGGAGAACGACUCCCUGCGCUGGCAGCUGGACGCCUACAGGAACGAGGUGGAGCUGCUGAGGAAAGAGCAGCUGAAGUCCAACCGAGCGGAGGACGAGCACACACACACACACACACACAGUCCGGAGGCUCAGAUCCAGCUGCUGCAGCAGAGCAUGCACACCAUGCAGCAGCAACUGCUGAGCCUGCAGGAGAAGCUGACGAGUAAGGAGGCCGAGCUGGAGCAGGCGAAGGAGGAGCACCGCUACCUGGAGGGGGAGGUGCUCAGCCUCAGAGAAAAGCUGCUGAGCAGUAAUGUGGAGGCUGUGGAGGGAACCAAUGGAGAGCUACAUGAAAAGGGGAUGAACGGGUGUGUACCUUCACUGUACCACAGCAGAGAGAGGAGGGGUGAGGUCAUCAUGAGAGGAGGGGUUGCAUCAGAGAAAGAGGCUGUGCUGCUGGGAAUCAUAUCGACCUUCCUCCACGUCCAUCCGUUCGGAGCCAACCUCGAGUAUCUGUGGUCGUACAUUCAGAGACUGGACUCAAAGGUGUCUGCGGGGGAGCUGGAGCGCCUCAUGGUCCGUCUACCCUCCAUGUUCAGGCAGGAGCUGAGUGGCGUCGGCGCCACUCUGGAGAAACGUUGGAAGUUCUGUGGAUUCGACAGCGUCGGGUCGGCGUGACGCAGAGCGCACACACACACUGAGAGGACACAGUGGACGCAGGACGCUGCGGACAUUUAACCUGUGUGUGUGUGUGUGUGUGUGUGUGUGCAGACAGGGAUGUUGACACUGGAAUCUGUGGAGGAUACAGAUCUUCAGACCUCAGAGACACAGUCCACAUCCCGGUGGACCCACAGUCUUCACUCUCCAAACUCGAGUCUCUACUUGGAACUGGAUCGUGGUCCUGUGGUGUCUUUGGAGCUUGAAACACAAGAGAAGCAACCUGCAACAGGAAGAUAGUCGGGCUGUCCCCCGAUUAGAGAUUGACUAGUCGUUUAUGAUAUUGAUUUAAUUCUUUAAAUAUCUUUAUUUUAACAGAAGUAAUUAGUCUGAUGUGUCAGUCCUGGUUGGAGCCGUUGUAAAUCAACUGACCUCCGUCGGUGUUCGGCUAUGUUUGGUCCCGGCCGUGAUUCCUGGGAGGCCGCUGAGACCGGCUCCGUUGCCCGCUCACCUGACUCUGACUCUGGUGCUCAUUCCAGCUUCUGCGCUAGUGGUGUAAACAAACCGUCCCCGGUACUACUUUGACCUCCCAGAGUCCAAGUACAGUCAGCUAACAGGACUGCUGACUAAUAGCUACUUCGUGUGUUACAAGAGAAAAGGUUCAUGUUGCAACAAUCCUUUUGACACGGAGUUUAACGUUGUUUUUCUGCAACUAUCUGACUGAUGAAGGGAGGGACAGCCCUGGAAGAGAGAGCAAGUUAUACCAAAGUUGAUCCUUUACACGUUUGGUUAUAAAGAAAAACUUCAUGCCAGACCUUCAUUUCAUUUAUCAACAAAAUGGGACCACUGAUUUCUCACUUUGUCCAGAAACUGGGUGAACUUACAUCGUUGUGACGCUCCAGGGUUUAUAUGGAAAUGUAGCUCAAAGAAACUCCCACUGGUAAAAUAUCACAAACUACAGGAGUUUACACACCAACUCUGAUCGUUUGUACGUCUGUCAUUACGCACAGAAACCAGGAGAUUGUUUACGGUAGAUUUUGUAAAAAUCUUCGACUCAUUUUGUGAUUUUUUUUAGACUUUUCUUUGUUGUUAUGAAAUUGUGAGAGAAAGUGAAAAUUGUGAAACAAAUUGUAGAUAAUUCAUUAAAAAUCAGAGACAACUGGAAUACGAUAUCUAGUAGUUUGGUGACGUAUGCUGUGAUUGGUGAAAGUUUCAGCGAUUGGAUAAAGUUUUAAUGUCACAUAGAAGUCACAGAGAUUGGUGUGGUUGUACGGUCGAUGACAGUUUCAGAGUUGGUGUGUGAACAUGUGACCUUAUUUAUUUCUUAACACCAGACUGAAAAUAACUCCAGUGUGAAAACUUCCUGCAGAGAUCACGGACAUAAAGUGGAGCGGUGAAAUGUGUAAAAAGGACAAUAUGAAUGAGGAUGAUGGAAAUAUGAGAGAGGAUGGUGGUGUUUUAUGGAGGAUGAUACGAGGAAGAGGAGUCAGCUCAAUCAUUCCACCUAAUUUAUUCCAUUAGUGUGUGUGAGGACGCUGUGCAGCGAGGGCAGCAGACUGAAACAUUACUGUGUAUAAAUGUGAUGAAAAAGAAGAAUUUAGUUUCCUUCUGAAUGAGUGAGGAUGAAGAAGAGAGGAGCGAUGAAGACUCUGACGAGGAGGAGACGCCACAGAUUUGUUGCUUUCUCAUUCUUCUUUUGUUUCCAAAGACCACCGUGCUGUACGUCCGAUUACAGAUGAUCAUUCAGUGGUUUUUUUAUUGCACUUCCAUAAAGUUACCAGACUGUUUUGUUUUUCUUAUUUAAAUAAAGUUGUUGUCAGCAGAGAUACUUUAA